UCAUAUGAUAAUUAAAAAGAAAAAAAGUACUGUUCAUAGGAACCGUAAAUUAGGAUUCCGUUUAAGAGUGUUUAUUAUUGUUGUUAAAAGGGAGCUUUUUGGGGAUUCAAAGGGAAUCGCACAGUAUCUUUCCUGCACCCUGUCUUGGUAGUUGGGACCGGAGAGAAAACAACGUUAUCACCAAGUUUUGAGCAAACUGAAAAGCAAAUUUGUUUCUAAAUUAAGCUAUGUAGCUAUCAAGAAGCUCAAACACUCGCGUAGGAAAGGAAAAGAAAUGGAGUGGAGCUCUAGUAGUUUGCUUGCUUGGUUUACUCUUCUCUUCAUUGUUCUACUGCUAAAACAGAGACUAUCAAGAUCACUUGGUGCUACGAAACGACCACCAGGGCCCCCUGCUUGGCCAGUCUUCGGUAACAUCUUCGAUCUUGGAACCAUUCCUCACCGGAAUUUAUACAAGCUUAGAUUCAAGUACGGGCCUGUAAUUUGGUUAAGACUCGGGUGUACUAACGCCCUGGUGAUACAAUCCGCCAAGGCAGCUGAAGAGCUGUUCAAGAAUCAUGACGUUACUUUCAGUGACCGGAAAGUUCCUGAAUCUUUCACAGCUCAUAACUAUAACGAGGGAUCGCUUUCUCUCGGAAGGUAUGGCCCCAACUGGCGACUUCUUCGCCGUGUAGUAACAAUGGAGCUCAUGACGAACAAGCGAAUCAACGACACUGCCUUCAUUCGGCGAAAGUGCAUCGACGAUAUGAUAAAAUAUAUUGAGGAGGAUAGAGAAGCAGCGCUUGCACGGGGAGAAACAGGGGAGUUGAUGGUAUCUCAUUAUGUCUUUGUCAUGGCAUUCAACCUGAUAGGCAACCUCGUGAUUUCGCAGGAUCUUUUGAAUUCUCAUUCGAAAGAGGGGCCUGAGUUCUUUGAAGCCGUGGACAAGGUCAUGGAGUGGAGUGGGAAGCCAAAUUUAGCUGACUUCAUGCCAUUUUUGAAGGGGUUAGAUCCCCAGAGGAUCAAGAAGAACAUGGAGCGAGACCUGGGACGAACCAUGAAAGUAGUGGAGGGUUUCGUCCGGCAGAGGACUGGAGAGAGGAAAUUAAUUAAAAACAGGGAGGGGAGGGACUUCUUGGAUGCACUAUUGGAGUAUAAAGGCGAUGGGGAAGAUGGACCUGAUGAGAUCUCAGCCCACAGAAGACUCAUCAUCAUACUGGAAAUGUUCAUUGCUGGGACAGAAACAACAAGCGGCACUAUUGAAUGGAUUCUGGCGGAACUAUUUCGCCACUCAGAAUCAAGGAGAAAAGUUAAAGAAGAACUUAAUCGAGUAGUCGGACCUAAAAGGAAGAUUGAGGAGAGUGACAUAGAUGAAUUGCCAUACUUACAGGCAGUAAUCAAAGAAUCAAUGAGAUUACAUACUGUACUCCCAUUGCUGCUUCGAAGAAAUACCUUACAAGGCACAAACUUCAUGGGAUAUGAUAUACCUAAAGACACACAAGUUUUCAUCAACGCUUGGGCUAUAGGAAGAGACCCAGAUACUUGGGAGGACCCCUUGUCUUUCAAGCCUGAGAGAUUUCUAGGCUCAGAUAUUGACUAUAGAGGGCAACACUUCGAGCUGCUACCGUUUGGAUCUGGAAGACGAAUUUGUGUGGGCUUCCCAUUGGCUCACCGCAUGCUUCACCUUGCUUUAGCCUCUUUGCUUCACAGUUUUGACUGGGAGCUUGGCAGCAAUUCUGCUCCAGAGACUAUUGACAUGAAAGAAAGGGUGGCAUUUACAGUUAGAAAGCUUACACCCUUGAAAGCAAUACCAAAGAAGAUCAUAGCAGAAUGAUCAUUCCUGUGUUGGAAAGUACAUUUCAUUCGUAUAUCUAAUUACAUGAAUGGUCAGGUAUAAAAUAUAUAAGUGAGUAUCGAUUAAUAGAUUUGUGAUGUUUAAAUAAGUGUGUGGUGCUUGGAAAUAUAUUUAUUCAGAUUAAGAGUGUUGAUACAUGUAUGGUUAUGUGUGGUUAGUACUAUAUGUACCUAUCAUAAAUGUUGGGUUAUAUAGAGUGGAGUUAUCUAUAAUAUUAAUGUUUUGAGUAUUUUUUUAAUAUAUUCCCCCUCUCCUUUUAA